AUCCACCUACCUACCUACCAUGAUACUGUCUGACUGUGGCUGAGCUCCAAUUCUAAUCAACCAUGGCGGACCAAACAAAUCCCAACCAUAGGCAUAGGAUCAAUCCAAUGAGCGGCUACUGUCCACAAACCAAGACUUUCCACACUCUCCGACCUCCACUUCCACUACCGCCUCUCUCCCAACUCCUCUCCAUCACCCAUUUCGCUCUCUCCCUCCUCCAAUCCUCUGCGCCCGCGCCCACCACAACCCUCCUCAUCGACGCCGAGUCCGGCCGCCAUGUCUCGUACGAGAACUUCAUCGGUCAAGUCCACUCCCUCACUCUCUCCCUCCAGUCCCUUGCCCCCGCUCUCUCCAAAGGCCACGUGGCGUUCAUUCUCUCCCCUACUUCCCUCCACGUCCCCGUGCUCUAUUUCUCCCUCCUCGCCUUAGGCGUCGUCGUUUCGCCCGCUAAUCCUAUCGGGUCCGAGUCCGAGAUUGCCCACCAGGUCCGACUCAGCCGACCCUCCAUCGCUUUCGCCACGUCAGCAACCGCUCACAAGCUCCCCAGGGAUGCGCUCCGCACCAUAAUCCUCCUGGACUCACCCGAGUUCCUGUCCAUGCUCAAUCGGGUCGGAUCAUCCGACACCCGACCCGACUUCGGAAUCGAGGUCAGCCAAACCGACUCGAUGGCGAUUCUCUUCUCAUCCGGCACCACCGGACGAGUCAAAGGCGUUCUCUUGACUCACCGCAACUUCAUCGCCCAACUAGCCGGCUUCCACGCGCUGCGACGCGAACCCGACCCGACCCUACCCGAUGAGCAAACCGUCUCGUUGUUCACGGUGCCUCUGUUCCACGUGUACGGGUUCUUCAUGCUGGUUCUGGCCGUGACGACGGCCGAGACCUUGGUUUUAAGGGAGAGGUUCGAUUUCGAAGCGAUGCUGAGGGCCGUGGAGAGGUACAAGGUCAGCUACAUGCCGGUGUCGCCGCCGCUGAUCGUGUCUCUGGGGAAGUCCGAGCUGGCUCAGAAAUACGAUCUCAGCUCGCUUCGGCGUAUCUGCUGUGGCGGCGCGCCUCUGGGGAAGGAGGUUGCUGAGAGAUUCACUGAGAAAUUUCCCAAUGUGGAAAUUGUGCAGGGAUACGGGUUGACCGAAGGGGGAGGGGUUACGAGGAUGAUAGGCCCGGAAGAGUCAAAACGGUACGCUUCUGUGGGCCGCUUAUCUGAAAAUAUGGAAGCCAAGAUUGUUGACCCCGAAACCAGAGAGGCCUUACCUCCUGGCCGGAUUGGCGAGCUGUGGCUGCGAGGUCCAACAGUCAUGAAAGGUUAUAUAGGAGAUGACAAGGCAACUGCAGAGACCUUGCGCUCAGACGGGUGGUUGAAGACUGGUGAUCUUUGCUUCUUUGAUGACGAGGGGUUCCUUUACAUUGUUGACAGGUUAAAGGAGUUGAUCAAGUACAAGGCCUAUCAGGUACCCCCAGCUGAGUUGGAGCCUAUACUUCAAUCCCAUCCUGACAUUGCUGACGCUGCUGUGAUUCCCAGGUAUCCCGAUGAAGAAGCAGGGCAGAUUCCCAUGGCCUAUGUAGUUAGAAAGCCUGGAAGCAAUAUCAAUGAGGCUGCAGUUAUGGAUUUUGUUGCAAAACAAGUUGCACCCUACAAGAAGAUUCGACGUGUAUUGUUUAUCAACUCGAUUCCAAAAUCUCAGGCAGGAAAGAUCUUGAGGAGGGAGCUCAUUAGUCAUGCUCUAUCUAGCCGUUCAUCUAUCUCAUGAUUUACUUAUUCACAACAAAGGAAGAAAGCUUGCCGAGCAUUGCAUUCCAAUUCAACAUAUCAACUUGUUUAUGUUCUUUAGCAUGUAAACACGCAAUCUUGGAAUUCACAGUUGGAUAUUUUUUCUGAUCAGAUCCUUAUGUUUCGUUUCUUUUUCCCCUGUCCACAUUAUUUGGGUCUUGUAUAUCCAGAACAUUUUUCUGUGAGAUAGUUUGAAAUUCAUCAUUAGCCCCUUCGUGCUUAAUGCACUGUACCUUAAAAAAUAUAGAACAAACAAACCCCGAUAAAACUGAAGGAAGUUGAGGUUCCACCCCAAAACCAAUUGGCAAUGAGGGGAGUAGCCCAACUCCUUAUAAGCCCUUGCUAGGUUUCUCAACUUUCCAAUGUGGGACUCUUUUACCUUCGCAUUCUCACAAAAACUAGGUUCUUCACCAAUCACCUCCGGCGAACUUGAGCUGUUUCCAGCGAACCUCACCCAUCUCUAACCAAACCAUGUCAUCUCCGAUUAUUUCUUUUCUGGACUUCUUUGUCAUAAGAGAUUCUUCUGUGGCCGGUGUCUCCUUCGUCCCCUGUGCUUCUCCUUCAUCAUCUUCGCCGAUUAAGAUCUUGCGUUUUUUUUUUCGAUUGCCAUGUGAGUUUUAAUGAUUGAAUUCUCUGACAAUAUUUGAGAUUCUUUUAGGUUAGGAUAAAGCUUGAAUUUUUCAUUUGAUCAUACAAUAUUGAAUUUGGGUUUGUUUCCCUUUUACAUUUCACGGGUAUUUGCAAUGUUUAAAUGUCUGUACAUGUGUGUGUGACUGAGACUGCAAUUGGGUAUAUCGUUUGAAGUUCUAGUUUUGACUUUUAACUGCUUCAAUGA